AUGAAGACUGCAAUGAAAACAAUAAUGUACAAAGGUCUAUGUGAAUACAAUAAGUUGCCCCAGCAAAUAGAAAGCGCCAACUCAGUCGGUGAUAAUUAUUUGAAAUUUGGCUUCAUUCCAUCAUUGCCGGACAAACAAUCGCCUAUGUGCCUUUUAUGCAACAAAGUUUUGGGCAAUAACGCUAUGAAACCAUCUAAACUGCAAGCUCAUCUGAGAAGAUGCCACCCUGAAUGUUCGCUUCGACGUCACAAAGAAAUGAUGAUGGUUUGCGGGCGUCUUACAAUAUCUCCAAGAUCCCGAAAACCGUAUACUAUCGGAGAGAAUUUAAUUUUGCCAGCCGUUGAAGAGGUUUUAAAAACUGUUUUACACAAACCUGCAUCUGAUAUCAUUAAAAGAAUUACCUUAAGCAACAAUACUGUUGAAAGACGUAUUGAUGAAAAGAGUUCUGAUAUUGAAAGCUUCUUAUGUAAUUAUUUGCAAACGACCAAUUUCUCUAUACAACUGGACGAGUCAACUUUACCUGAUCAUGCAGCAUUAUUAUUGGCAUAUGUUCAACUGCUCUUCGCAAGAACUUUGAUAACCGACACUAAAGGCGAAUCAAUAUUUCAUGUUUUGACGGAUUACUUCAUUGAAAAAGCAAUUCCUUUAUCAAAUAUAAUAUCAGUAGCUACAGAUGGAGCACCUGCCAUGGUUGGACGUUAUCGUGGAUUUAUAAGCUAUUUAAAACAAAAUGUGUCAGGGGUGUUAGCAAUACAUUGCGUCAUCCAUCGACAACAUUUAGUUGCUAAAAAUUUGUGUGUUAGAUUGCAGGAAUCACUUCAUUUAGUCAUUGAUGCAGUAAACCGAAUCCGAAGCAACGCGUUGAAUACGCGGUUAUUUGUGUGA